AUGUGCUCGUGGGACAAAAUCUUAGUGUCUUCCAGGGUGAGUUCGGGGGUGGAGAUGAGGGUGGUUGUGGUUUUAGCUCUUCUUCUGUGGGGAAUCAGUCAUGAGGUGGAGGGAGGAAGGGCUACUUCUAUUUCUAAAGAAGAUGAUUUGGAGCUGGAAAGAGAAUUAAGGCGUUUGAACAAACCAGCCAUCAAGAGCUUCCAGACAGAAUAUGGUGACAUUUUCGAUUGCGUUGACAUCAACAAACAACCAGCAUUAGAUCAUCCUUUGCUCAAGAAUCACAGAGUCCAAAAGAAACCAAGUGUCUUUCCCAAAGGAUUAGGGCCUAAAACUUCAGCCAAGACUCAAAGUUCAAAAAUUGGCCUUCCAGAUGGAGGGUGCCCAGAAGGGACAGUGCCCAUCAAAAGGAUCACGAAAAGAGACCUACUAUGGAUGAAGUCCCUAAAAAGAAACACUACAAAAUUCCAUCCAAUGGAUGCAAACACUCCUGGUUAUCAUCAAGUAUUCACCAGACAGUAUCCGAGUAAAUAUUAUGGAGCUCAAGGGGGCUUAUCCCUACACAGUGAACCCGCUGCAAAUCAUCAGUCACACCGAGCCAUGAUAACUGUUUCAGGUGGUUCACCUGAUAAAUUGAAUGCGAUACAAGUUGGAUGGAUGGUGAAUAAAGAUGCAUACGGAGAUGGAGCAACUCGGAUGUUCGUCUUUUGGACAGUUGAUAAUUUCGUUAAUACAGGUUGCCGGGACCUCUUCUGUCCCGGGUACGUACAAGUUGACUCAUCUGUGGCUCCAGGCAUGACUUUCUACAAUCUUUCUACCGUUGAUGGACCUCAAUUUGACUACUAUUUUGUGAUUUUACAGAUGAAUGCAACAGAUGAGAAUUGGUGGCUUAUGAGUUUGGGGGAUGAAACGAGAACAAUUGGUUACUGGCCUCAAGCCCUAUUUCCGGAUAUGAAGGAGAGCUUUACCAACCUAGAAUGGGGUGGGUAUGUAUUCAAUGACGACCCUAAAACCACGACAUCUCCUCAAAUGGGUUCAGGGCAUUUCCCGGAGGAAGGAUACGGCAAAGCAGCUUACUUCAGAGAUAUCAAACUCAUGAGAGACCCACAGGAGGGAUUUGCAAUUGUAUCUACGGAAGAAGUGUCCUUCUUUACCGACAACCCCGAUUGCUACAGAGUUGGAGAUAAAGCUGACUUACCAGGCUGGAGUGGUGCGUAUAAUUUUUACUAUGGAGGACCUGGGGGAAAUUGCAACCGUUAA